GAGAGAGAGAGAGAGAGAGAGAGAGCGGAGGAGCCGAGGCGGGGGGCGUCGGAGGAGGGGGAGGAGGCCAUGAUGCCGCCGGCGCUAAGCUUGUCUCGCUCUCCGUCGUCGUCCGCCUCAGCUUCUCCUCCCUACCCCGGCCUGCGAUCCGCCGUCGUCGCCGUCCGGCACCGUCACCGCCCGUCCUUCCCCGCUGCAGGAAUUUGCUGUGCUAGCCCUGCGGUUGAACUGUUGCCAUCUUUGAGCCCAGACAUCCUGGUUCGAGAUGCACGGCUUGAGGACUGCUGGGAAGUAGCUGAUACUCACUGCAGCUCUUUCUUUCCAGAUUACACUUUUCCGUUGGACCUUGUUCUGCGGAUUGAUCGUUACAUUGCCCUCCUAUCCGGUUUUUCGGUUCCACCUGGUUGCAUGAGAACUUGUCUUGUCGCGGUUAACACUAAUGCACUUAGUAGAAGUAUCAGCAUUGAAUGUGGAGAUUUAAGAGAUGCUGACUUUCAAGAAAAACACGGUCUCAGUAAAGUCUCCAUAGCUGGCAUUCUUACAGUGGAUACGGUAGCAGACUAUCUUCCUAGAAAAGGGCCUCUCAAGCAGAGAAGAACAGGCAUUGCAUAUAUAGCAAAUGUUGCAGUCCGAAAGGAAGAACGUCGUAAAGGAAUUGCUAAAAUGCUUGUCGCCGAAGCGGAGGCACGGGCAAAGAGUUGGGGAUGCCGUUCCAUGGCACUGCAUUGUGAUGUAAACAACCUUGCUGCGCUGCAUCUGUACAAAAAACUAGGAUACAAAUGCAUCCCUGUACCACAAGAUGCUAAGUGGCCAGAACCUAAGAUAGCUCAAGGAUUGCGAUACAACUUUAUGAUGAAGCUAGUACCCAAGAUGUAAAGUGUAUAUGAUCAGAUCAGAGAAACUGAGAUACAGCUUCAUGAUGAAGCAUGAAGCUAUUACCCAAGAUUUGAAGUAUAUACAAUCAGAGUAGAGCAAUCGAAACAUGUAGAUACUACAGUGAUUCCCAAGUCAAUCGCUUCACAUGUAUAGCAGCUGUAUAGUGGAGACUGGAGAGUACAUUGUAUGGUAUGUAAUAGCUAUUCAUUGUUCCACAAAUAUUUAUUGGUUCAAAGUGGUAAGCAUGACAUCAUUUCUUCACUCAAAACUCCUGACAAGUAGCCUAGAGAAGGAAAAAUGCUCUAAAUAUAUAUUAGAUUUUUUUUCCUCUGUAGAGUAUAUUCAUUCAGUAACAAUCGUAUGACGAGUGUGCAUGAAGAUAUCAGAUAUUCAGAAUGCAGUGCUGUCG